CUCCCUCCCUCCCUCCCUCCCUCCGGAUCUCACAAGAGUUGUUCUCUCGGAAGACAUGACGACCGAGACCUCGCAGCAGCACCUGGAGCCCUCGGCGCCUAUAAGAUCCAGCCCGGCUCCCGGAGUGCUCAAGUCGGCCUUGAUCAGCCAGCAGUCCCCGGCCAUGGACACCUCCGCCUCGGCCAAAGCCAAGAAGACCAACGGCGGCUUGAGGCGGCCCGAGAAGCCUCCUUAUUCCUACAUCGCUCUGAUCGUGAUGGCCAUCCAGAGCUCCCCCACCAAGAGACUGACCCUGAGCGAGAUCUACCAGUUCCUGCAAACCAGGUUCCCUUUCUUCCGAGGCUCCUACCAGGGCUGGAAGAACUCGGUCCGACACAACCUUUCGCUCAACGAGUGCUUCAUCAAGCUGCCCAAGGGGCUGGGCAGGCCGGGCAAGGGCCACUACUGGACCAUAGACCCGGCCAGUGAGUUCAUGUUUGAGGAGGGCUCGUUUCGCCGCAGACCCAGAGGGUUCCGGAGGAAAUGCCAGACCCUCAAACCCAUGUACAGAAUGAUGAACGGCAUCGGCUUUGCGCCCUCCAUCAUCCCCCAGACCUUCGACUUCCAGGGUCCGGCGGCCACCCACUCGUGCCAUGCCAACAGCUGCACCCUGGAGAGCGGCCUCAGCAUGAUGAACAACCCCAUCUCAGGGAACUACGACGGUCUCGCCAAUGGCCACCACGUCCCUCACAUGUCACCAAACCCUGGCUCGACCUACAUGGCCAGUUGUCCCGUGUCUGCGGGUGGGGAGUACUGUCCCGACAGCAGCAGCAGUCCGGUGCCUUCCUCUCCCGCGGUGGCCAGCGCCUUGGAGUGUCACUCUCCCUACUCCGCCUCGGCUGCCCCAUGGACAUCCUCGGCGGGUCACCACUAUAUUAAGCAGCAGAGCAUGGCCACCGGCAACCCUGUUCCUUCCAGCCUCCACUCCAGCAUGUCCUCCUACUCCCUGGAGCAGACCUACCUGCACCAAAACACGAGGGAUCAUCCAGAUAUUUCAGUGGGGAUACCUCGCUAUCAGACUCACUCCUCGCCGAUGUGUGACAGAAAGGAUUUUGUGCUGAAUUUUAACGGGAUCUCGUCCUUCCAUCCUUCUGCCAGUGGCUCGUACUACCACCACCACCAUCAGAGCAUGUGUCAAGAUAUCAAACCCUGUGUCAUGUGAAACAGACAGACACCUCUGCAAAUCAGCUCCCGUCUACUCCACUUUUUACUUCUAUUUUUUUUGAUUUAUUAAUAAUAUUAUUAAAUCCAACCCGGGAGUCGGCACCAUAGAGCUGGAAGUUUAAUAUAACAAAAAACACUGUAGAAAGGCAACAGGCGAGGUUUCUGAUUCUGAAAGCGUGUUGUGGGUUAAAUGGCGAAUUAUCUCCGACUUCUUUGAUCGAUGGAAAUAAGAAAGGUUUUUUUGUGUAUAUAUAUAAAAAAAAAGCAACUGAUAUGAAACUAGUCAGUUAGUUUUUUUUCUGUAAACUAUGAAGGAAGUUAUGGUGCGGAGGCCAACGGUCUAAUAAGUUUACCAGUUAGCAUUCAAUUGCCAUAUCAGUAUUAAGAACGGAGUGUUUAGCGCACUGUAUUUAUGUAACAUUUGAGAUCAAGCAUCAGACUUGCUGACCUUGACAUGCUGAUGCCAAGUCGUGAAGAAUAUACAAUUUUCCCAUUUAAAAGGAUUAUAAUAAGGCACAUGUAUACGCGCACAUUAUGCUUUUCUAAAUAAUUACAUUUGAAUAUACUUGCACUUGAAAAAAAUGUAUACUAUAUGACCUUUUGUCAAAACCUUGUGAUGUAAAAACUAAGUUCAAUUAAAAAAAAAAGACUUCGGGAA